AUGUCUCGAGUUUCAUCUAGUUCGAAACUAUUGACGCAAUUCGUUUUGUCCAUUGCUAUUUGUCAGUCCCUGAUAAGCGUCUCCAAUGCACAAUAUGCAGGAAAUAAUGGUGGACGCUUCGGGAUCUACGGCUUCAAAAAUGGCACUCUUCCGCACGGCAAUUCCUAUCGUGUUAGAGGAUGCGUCGAACAACCUAAUUAUCGUGGUUCCUUUGACAUUCUCUGGGUUUCGCUUGUAUCUAUAGGCAUCAGCACAUAUACGAUGCUAUACUUGAAUGUCCCUGCGCCGACAGACACCUGGAUUCAGCUAGUAGGUCGACGUGUUUUAUGGAUGAUACUAGGCAUAAUCAGGCCUGAAUUUCCCCUUAACUACGCUGCGGGUCAAUGGACUCGCGCGAAACACUCCGUCAAGGCGUUUCGGGACCUGGGGUACAAGCAUACUUCAUCCCAUACCAACGAGGAAAUGGCAGGCAAGCAAGACUGGGACCUGAAUCCGCUUGACUUUGUCGAUGAGAACGGAUCUGGAUACUCGGCAAACUUGCAAGCAUUCAUGAAGAUGCCAGUCAUCCCUCCUACAUGUCCGAUACAACGAAUACCGAACGACAGGUUCCUGACAAACCCUUAUGGUUCUUAGGAGUACCUGCUUUGCCUUGCGACAUUGAUCUCCACAGCCAUCCAAAUUGCAGGCUGAAAUUUCGACUUCCAAACGAACAUGGAGCGACUUGUUUGGAGAAUAGGCUCCCUUCUUCUCUUUGGUAUCACAGCGGCGUUUUGAAUCCUUGAAACAAUCGCUUCGUGGGUAAGGCUUGGUCGUUGGAGGACAGUGUAUUUGUAUUUUUUUCAACAAGGAGGGGUUGGAAAAACACAACCGUCGC